AUGGGAGACCGACAGGGACCAGGGGAGGCCGACAGGGACCAGGGGAGGCCGACAGGGACCAUGGGAGACCGACAGGGACCAGGGGAGGCCGACAGGGACCAGGGGAGGCCGACAGGGACCAUGGGAGGCCGACAGGGACCAUGGGAGACCGACAGGGACCAGGGGAGGCCGACAGGGACCAUGGGAGGCCGACAGGGAUCAUGGGAGGCCGACAGGGACCAGGGGAGGCCGACAGGGACCAUGGGAGACCGACAGGGACCAUGGGAGACCGACAGGGACCAGGGAGGCCGACAGGGACCAGGGGAGGCCGACAGGGACCAUGGGAGGCCGACAGGGAUCAUGGGAGGCCGACAGGGACCAGGGGAGGCCGACAGGGACCAUGGGAGACCGACAGGGACCAUGGGAGACCGACAGGGACCAGGGGAGGCCGACAGGGACCAUGGGAGGCCGACAGGGACCAGGGGAGGCCGACAGGGACCAUGGGAGACCGACAGGGACCAUGGGAGACCGACAGGGACCAGGGGAGGCCGACAGGGACCAGGGGAGGCCGACAGGGACCAUGGGAGGCCGACAGGGACCAUGGGAGGCCGACAGGGACCAGGGGAGGCCGACAGGGACCAUGGGAGGCCGACAGGGACCAUGGGAGGCCGACAGGGACCAGGGGAGGCCGACAGGGACCAUGGGAGACCGACAGGGACCAUGGGAGACCGACAGGGACCAGGGGAGGCCGACAGGGACCAGGGGAGGCCGACAGGGACCAUGGGAGGCCGACAGGGAUCAUGGGAGGCCGACAGGGACCAGGGGAGGCCGACAGGGACCAUGGGAGACCGACAGGGACCAUGGGAGACCGACAGGGACCAGGGGAGGCCGACAGGGACCAUGGGAGAUCGACAGGGACCAGGGGAGGCCGACAGGGACCAUGGGAGACCGACAGGGACCAGGGGAGGCCGACAGGGACCAUGGGAGGCCGACAGGGACCAUGGGAGACCGACAGGGACCAGGGGAGGCCGACAGGGACCAUGGGAGACCGACAGGGACCAGGGUUGGCCGACAGGGACCAUGGGAGGCCGACAGGGACCAGGGUAG